AUGCAUUUUUGUCUAUCGACUUCCUUUACCUUAGACACGCCUGAUGUUAAAUCGAGUUCAUUCCCCUUAGAAAUACCUAAGUCUACCUCAAAGGAGUGGCGUCUAGUGGGAUAUCCACGACAGCUUCAACCAACUUUUUACACAUACGCUGCAUCAGAUCAGCUUUUUUCCACCGCAGAGUGCUUUUCCAAGCCAUCACCUGGCUCAGAUCCACCGUUAUCUCCAAUAUUGAGCCAUGCCCCGACCUUGGCCACGGCCACUCUCUCCAUUCCACCCCUCUCAUGGAGUGAUUGGCAGGCUGCAUAUAUUUCCAUUGCCACCGGACUAUCGAAGUUCCGACUUACCAGCCUCGUCGUUACUACAGCACUGGCAGGUUAUGCCCUUGCGGCAGCUACUCCAUUUGCCAGUGAAGCUUUCAUCAACAAUCCUUUGACUACCGGCUUAUUUUUAGCUCUAGGCACUGGGCUCACUAGUGCUGCAGCCAACACCGUCAAUCAGGUAGGGAAGCGGUAA